AUGACAGAGGUUGGUGAAGAUCUGGUGGAGAAAAUCUUGGCAACUCUGCCUCCCAAGGCUCUGAUGCGAUUCAAAUGCGCUUCUAAAAGGUGGUAUCCACUGAUCAACAAUCCCAGUAUAGCUUCAGUCUUGGGAGACCACAAGCUCGAGAGAAGAGAUAAUUUCAGUGUGGCAAACUUCUCUCCACUCACAGACUCUUUAUCCAGUCCUUCAAUAAUGGAUUUGGAAUGGAACUCAUAUUCAAUAUGGGCAAUCCCAAUGGCUGAAGUGUCUCUCAGGAUCAAGAAGGUGAUGGAAGGUCUCAAAACCGAGUUUGGGGGGCCAGAGAUCGAACCCCAUAUUCCUGUUAUAGGAUCUAUUUGUACGACGGAUGAAGAUGUGCUCGACGAAUUUAGAUCUCUCUGUUCUAAAAAUUUCCAUGCCUACCAAGCAAAAGUUAGUCUGGUGGUUACCACAAAUUUUUAUCACCAAUGUGUUUCUCUACUCAUUGAUACAUCUUCAGAAGCAAGCAGUCAGAUGGUAGACCAUAUUUGAGUCUCCUUUAUGGCAAUUUGACAGAAGAAGAGAAGAAAAAAGCUGUAGAAAAAGUUAGCAUUUUGGAUGAAAG